ACCCACCACCCCUCAUCAUCAUCAUGCACUAAAACAGCUCACUCGUGACAUUACAGCUUGGAACGUAGUUAACCGGCAACCGCCGGUCACCAUCCUCCACCGACAACCAGUCUCCUUCCCCCGCCCUUCCAUUUCCACUAACUCUUCAUGAAUUUCCAGUGCACUAAAUACACUAAUAAUAUUCUCAUCAGUUUAAGGAUCCGCCAUAACUUUCACUUCUUCACCGACAUUGUGACAAGGAAUGGCUUCCUCUGCCUUUUGAAGCAACCUCUUCUUGCUCAAUCUCCCAUUGCCGGAGCAGAAACAGUUUUUUUCUUUCUGCUAGUCAAUGCUCAGAGGUUAGACUCAGAUGGAUUUUUUUGUUUGAUUUUUCAAGUUUAUAAGCUCAAAUAUUUGAAGCAUGAGGGCAACUGAACGCAAACAAGUUCAAAAGGGUAGUCAAAUAACGCGUGCUUUGAGGCCAGAUAAAAAGGGCCAGAAGCCACAAGAGAAGAAUGGUCGCAAAAUCAUGAAAGGAAAAGAAACAAAUAUGAAAACUUCAUCUGCUAAUCAAGUCUCGAGCACUUUAGUAAGGGAUCUAAAUACAGGUACAGAACACCCAGAAUCUUAUGAAACCGUGGUUAUACAUUAUGUUGAUGACAUCAACGGGUCUGAUGAAACAACUCAAAUGUCAAAAACACUCCAGAUGGAUGACAAGGAGAGUCAUAACAAUUUAAGUGGUUAUUCAUGUGAGCAGGAAAAUGAUUCAAAGGAGGAAAUGGAAGAUGAAUCGGAUCCUGAAACAGUUAAUGGAUCAGUAUCAUCAUCUCAAGGAGAUCCACAAACUUCAGAAGACAAUAAGUUAGAAAAAGCUUCAAUAUUUCCCAGAGAUGGAUCCUCUGAUCGCUCUUCCUUUGCACCCUCUACGAAUGCUUAUAACAGCAUACAAUUGAAGGCAUCAAAAACUGCACCUAAAAAUACUAUGGUCCCUGCAAAAGGUCCAUCCAAAGUGUCAACCAACUCUGUACAUAGUAAUUCUAAUAAUAUGAAAGUCCAUCCAAAAACAAUAAUAGAAUCCUCAGAAGAGGUUGAUGAUGGACUUUUUGAAGAGGUUAAGCAAGCAGAUACAAAAGAUGAGGCUUCCAGCAGUGCUCGGAAUUUUGUGAGUGAUGAUGAAACAGUUAACACAUCAGAAGAGUUUGAUGAAGAAGACAGGGCUGCUUUAGAAAAAAAGGUGCAGGAAAUGGAAUCAAGGAUUGAGAAACUUCAGGAGGAGCUGAGAGAAGUUGCUGCUCUUGAAGUUGCGCUUUAUUCUGUGGCACCUGAACAUGGGAAUUCAGCACAUAAGGUGCAUAAGCCAGCAAGGCGCCUUUCCAGACUUUAUAUUCAUGCCUCCAAAUAUUGGUCUCAAGAGAAACGUGCCACGGUAGCUAGGAAUAUGGUUUCAGGCCUUGUUCUGGUUUCCAAGUCAUGCGGUAGUGAUGUUACAAGGUUGACGUUCUGGCUAUCCAAUGCUGUUGUUCUGAGGGAAAUAAUAUCACAAGCGUUUGGAAGUUCCUGUAGCUCAAACUCUCUUACUCAAAUAUCUGCAUUGUCUGGAAGCACACAAUCUAAGCAAGGUGUAUUGCAUUUUAUUGACGAUUGGCAAGAAUCAAGAACAUUUAGAGCUGCCUUGGAAAGAGUGGAGUCCUGGAUUUUUUCUCGGAUAGUGGAGUCAAUAUGGUGGCAGGACUUCACUCCAAAUAUGCAAUGUCAGAUUAGUCAUCUAUCAAUGGGAAAGACGGCCGGGAAACUACUUGGUCCCGCCUUAGGUGACCAAGAGCAAGGGCGCUUCUCAAUUGAUCUAUGGAAUAAUGCUUUCAAAGAUGCUUUGAUGAGAUUAUGUCCUGUUCGGGCUGGUGGGCAUGAAUGUGGCUGCUUACCUGUGCUGGCAAGAAGGGUAAUAAAACAAUGUGUUGCGAGAUUAGAUGUGGCAAUGUUUAAUGCUAUUCUUCGCGAAUCAGCUCAUGAGAUCCCAACUGAUCCUGUUUCUGAUCCAAUAGUUGAGUCAAAGGUUUUGCCUAUUCCAGCUGGGGAUUUAAGUUUUGGAUCUGGUGCUCAGUUAAAAAAUUCAGUUGGCAAUUGGUCUAGAAGGCUAACAGAAUUAUUUGGCGUUGCUCUUGGUGAAUCAGCCAAAAAUGACUUUAGCAAAUCUGAGUAUGACGGUAAAGGAGAAGACGGAGAUGAACAACAAGACUACUUCAAUCUUCUCAAUGCCUUGAGUGACCUUCUAAUGCUUCCAAAAGACAUGCUUAUGGAUUCAAAAAUCAGAAUGGAGGUUUGUCCAUCAAUACAUCUUUCCUUGCUCAAGAGAAUCCUCUGUAAUUUCUCUCCAGACGAGUUUUGUCCCGAUCCCGUCCCUGGUGCCGUGUUAGAGGCCGUCAAUGCUGAGUGCAUCAUAGAGCAUGGAUUAUCAGCCGAGCGCACUGGCAGCUUCCCUUACCCUGCUGCUCCAGUAGUGUACACUCCUCCUUCAUCUGCUGAUGUUGCAGAGAAGGUUGCAGAGGUUGACAGGAAGUCCCAGUUUUCUCGUACCUCUUCUUCCAUACAGAGGAAGGGAUACACGAGCGAUGAGGAACUGGAUGAAGUAGGUUCUCCUCUCACAUUUAUAGUUGACAAAACACCGACUUCAACACAUUCCAAGAACGGAAAUCUUAAAGGCAACAAUGAUGAAAAAAGUAUAUUUGGAUCCAAUGCAAGAUAUGAACUUCUCCGUGAAGUCUGGUGAGCAACUUAGCCUGAUGUCCUAAUUUCUUCAUGGUAAACACUCCCAAAAGGUGAAAAUCAAAUUACAGAUAACGAAAAGAGUGUUCUGAAGGGCAUGUAUGUGAAAUAUCUCUUCAAAGAUUUUGUCUCUUAAAUACAAAGAUUGCACAUUUUGUCAAAUAUAUACUGCAAUGUAUGUUACACAUAUCAAGAAUCCAAAAUGUGGUCGCUCCAGUGAAAAUAAUUAUAAUUUCCG